AUGGCAGAGUAUCGAGAGGUCUAUAAUGAGGGACCCCAACAGGAACAUGUAUCUGGGAGGUCGGUGCUUUGCGCAUCAGUUGCCGGCAUGGCAAUAGGGGGGCCGCUUCUGGGCAUGUCGGGGUUCAGUUUUAUAGCAUCAGUUGCACUACUACUCAUAACCUCUCCGCUUUUGUUACUCUUCAGUCCUCUGCUUUUCUGUGCUGCCCUUCUUCUUGUGGGAGCCUUGGCUGGCUUCUCUGCGGCUGCAGCCAUUGCAAUGGCUGGUGUGUCCACUCUGGGCUGGGUUUUCCGAGAGCUUAGAGCUGGCAGGGGAGAUCACGUGGGGUCGACGUUCGGUGAGAGGUUGGCAGAGUCAGGGGAGAGAUUGAAGAAACUGGGCGAGGGUUGGGCUGCUCAUCUGCACCAGAUGACAUCUGGAAUCGAGUUUGAAAUGAGUUAA